ACUUGUUCACAAGGAGAGGAUUUGGAGUGAAAGACGAAGAGAUCGAGUCAGAGCGUUGUUGAGGGACACAGGUCCGCAGAGAUUAGAGAAUGAGGAAAAGAGAGGCAGAAAAAAACCAGAGAGAGAGAGAAGGGGAGGGGAAUCACAGAGAGAGAGAAAGAGAGAGAGGUGUGUGUGCUCAGACUGAAAGUCUGAAUCAGUAAGAAAGAAAGCUGGUGACUGUUCACUGUUUUUAGUGCCUUAUUAGUAAUUCCCAUCUUAAAGGAGUGGGUUUUUGUUUCUUCAGUUCCUCUGUUUUUGGAUUUCCAUGACCCUCGGACUACAAAUCGACCCAAAAGCUUUUGUGAGAGGAGCCAGUCUUUGCGAUUGAAUUGAAGCUCAUUGAUAUUUCGUGUAGAUCUGAAACAAAUCUCCUGUCUGGAUCUAUUUAUUGCCUCUAACAUGGGGUUUGGCAAGGGACUGCUGAUUUUGGGGUUUGUGUGUGCACUGCAGAAACCCGUGUUUGGGUGCAGCGAUGGCUUCCAAAAGAAUGACAGCAAAUGCGAAGAUAUAAACGAGUGUGAAGAUUAUCCUGGCUUAUGCGGGGGCUAUGCAAUGUGCAUAAACACCAAUGGCAGCUACCACUGUAUUUGUUCUGCUGGUUUCCGCAAUAAGAAAGGGAAUCCCAAGUUUACUGCUAAGGAGGGACAGUGCAUUGAUAUUAAUGAAUGCAUGGAUAUUAAUCCAACCUGUGGUCCUCAUGGCACAUGCAGUAAUGUUAUUGGACACUAUAGAUGCGUCUGUAACACCGGCUACGUUAGCACAGACGCCAGAAACAACACUGCACACUGCAGAGAUAUAGACGAAUGCAAGGAACACAAAGACAUUUGUGGAGAGAAAGGCAACUGUGAAAACCUCAGUGGGAGUUAUCGAUGCAAAUGUGAGGCAGGAUACACCAACUACGGCCAGGAAAAAACCAAAUGCUUAAAGCUCGAGUGUGACAGCUUUAGCGCCGACAGCGAUCCGGGGAAGUCAUUUGAAGGGCUGGCGGACAUGUUGUCCAUGAUGAGGAACAGCUGCUUGGCUCUGUCCAACCCGAGCUUUUCUGCUGGUGGAAAGGCUGACGGCGACGCGCUGCUCGAGAAACUUCUGACAGCGACCGACACCAUCCUGUCCCCUGGACAUGUGGAAACCAGUAAAGGUGUGAGUGGGCUGCUCAGUGCUGUGGAGAAGUCCAUUUUACUGAUCGGCCCUCAGCUCAAAGCCAAUGACACCAAAAUGGAGACCAAAGAAGCGGAAGCAAAAAUUACAGUUCGAAGAGGAGCUACCCGCCCAACCGGACCAAUCCAUCUGACCAGUGAACACGCUGAUCUCAAMACUGACUGGACAACAGCAGCUGGCGAAGGCCCAUAUCCUGGUUUUGCUCUGGCCGCAUUGCUGAGCUACAAGAAUCUGGAGGGGUCCGUAAACAGAUCUUUCGAGGACCUGAAAGAAAAAGAAAAAGAAAAAGAGGCCAUUUCCUUCCAGGUCUUCUCCAAAGUYGUCUCUGUCGUGGUUUCCAACCCGUCGACUCAGAACCUGCACAGUCCCGUCAACAUUACUUUCAGACAUCUGAAGGACAUAAAGCAGACCCCCGAGGUGAGCUACAUCUGCGCGUACUGGGAUGAGAGAGGAGUCUGGUCCCCAGAUGGUUGCUCCCAGGAGCUGUCCAACGACACACACACUGUGUGUUCGUGUGAACAUCUGAGCAGCUUUGCUGUGCUGAUGGCCCUUUAUCCCAUGAAGACCAGCUUUCAGCUCCAACUGUUGACCCAGAUCGGCCUGAUCAUCUCCCUGGUUUGCCUGGUGCUGAGCAUCCUGACGUUCAGRUUCUGCCGGUCCAUUCAGGGGACGCGCACCACCAUCCACCUGCACCUCUGCCUCUGCCUCUUUAUGGCGGACCUCGUCUUCUUGGUCGGGAUUUCUCGAACCAGUCCAGAGGGUGGCUGCAAGUUUGUUGCCGCAAUGCUCCAUUUCUUCUUCUUGGGCGUAAUGAGCUGGAUGCUGUUAGAAGGGGUGCAGCUGUACAGAAUGGUGGUCCUGGUGUUUAACGCCACCAUCCGGCCCCUCUACYUGUACCUCACUGGUUACGGGGUCCCUCUGGGGAUUGUUUUCAUAUCCGCCAUCAUCAGACCGGGGGGCUACGGCACUAAAGACCAGUAAGUAAA